AUGGAUUAUGAUGAGCUCAUGGAGCUCAAGGGCAGAGGAGAUUUUUUGAAGUGUCUAACGGAGGUGAUCAACGUCACCACACAUGCAUUGGACAGGUUGGGUGUCGAUGCGACCAUCAUCGAUGGUACCCUAUUAGGUUGGCAACGACACGAUAAGAAUCAUAUACCCUGGGAUGUCGAUGGCGAUCUCCUCAUCAUGCAGAGUCAUUGUCGGAAGGCCUUCUCGACCCACGCCACCACCCAUCAUAAGAACAUGGCAUCCCUUCUACGGGAGUAUCUGCCCGACGACUCUCGCUAUCGUGUGGCUGGUAUCAUCUAUGGUGACGGAUCUGAAUUGGACCCUGAUGAGUGGGAAGGCUGUGACCCCCGUGAGAUCCGCGUCGUUCUCCAAUAUGGGCAUGUGGACUGCCACGCCGACGUAUUCCAGAUGCUGCAAUCGAAUCACACCGGUGGUGAGGAGUGCGCAUCGUGCCCAGGCUACGAUGAAGGCCAGGUUACCGCUUGCCGAGAACGAGAUGAUUCAUGUGCUUUGUAUGACGACUUCUUCCCAAUGAGAUGGGAUAAGCUGGACGAUGGUGAUGUCAAGGUCCCUCAUCGAGUCCACGCUGCACUGGAAUCGUAUUUCGGUAGGUUGCCUUACGCGCUUCUUAAUCUUAAGGAAAUCCCCAUAAACUACGAGUUCGGCCAUACCCGGUUGGUAGUCGGUCGUGCGUUGCUAAGAAAUACGACCGUCAAGGAAUUAUCAAGUCCACCAGUGAACCUCAGAGGCUCGCUGGGUGGUGAGUCGGGGGAUGACGACGCCUCCCCUGUAACCUCAACAGAGCUGCUUCCCAACAAGGGGCAGAUAAUUUUCGAAGAGAAGAUAGUAGCCGCUAACUGGCCACUCAGGUCCGAGAGUAUGUCGAAUCUCGACAACUAA